GUGUCCCAUACAGCGAGGGGGGAAGGCAGAGGGAAGGAACAGGUCUCUGACAGCCUGGCUUGCUCUUUCUUGCGCUACCCAAAGAUGUCUUGUGAUCCUUCUCCCAUCAGUGCAAGGCCUGGAGAGGAUCCUGAGGGUGGCAGCUUCUCAGAGGAAAGCAGUGGCGGGGGUGAUGGCGGUAGUGUCCUGGGAGGGGACAGCCCGGUCACGGGGCCGCUGGGUGCAGUGCUGCUGGUCAUGUGUCUCACUGGGAUGGUGGGGAACAUCUACACAGUGGUGGUGGCUUCCGGCAGGGUGGCAGGCCGCUCAGCAGGCUCCUUGGGGGUCUAUGUGAUCAACCUUGCCCUGGCUGACCUCCUGUACCUCUCCACCAUCCCCUUUGUGGUCUGCACCUACUUUGCCCACGACUGGUUCUUUGGGGACGUGGGCUGCAGGCUUUUGCUCAGCCUGGACCUCCUCACCAUGCAUGCCAGCAUCUUCUUCCUGACCGCCAUGAGCCUGGAGAGGUACUGGGCAGUGGCCAGACCGCUGCGAGCCAGGCAGGCUGGCAAUGCUUACCACAAACUGGCCAGCGCCGUCCUCUGGCUCCUCUCGCUUCUGCUUACGUCCCCCAUGAUGGUGAUGACCCAGCUGCGGGAGGGGGGUGGCCCCCACAAGCGCAUCUGCAUCCCCACCUGGACGCCGGCGGCCUUCCGGCUCUACCUGACAGUCCUCUUCGCCACCAGCAUCCUGGCACCCGGCAUGGUGCUGGGCGUCGUCUACGCCCGCCUGGCCCAGGCGUACCGGUCCUCCGCCUGGGGCCCGGGGCUACCGGUGGCCGGCCGGGCCCCCAGCCGGCAGCUCUUCUCCAGGAUCUCCGCCAUCGUGGUGGCCUACUGGGCCUGCUUCCUCCCCUUCUGGGCCUGGCAGCUGGCUGGGCUGUACUGGGGCGAGGUGCUGGGCAUCAGCCCCACCGCCCAGGCCUACCUCAAUUUCGGCAUCACCUGCUUGGCCUAUGGCAACAGCUGCAUCAACCCCUUCCUCUACACCCUGCUCGCCCGCAGCUACCGACGGCGCCCCACCUGCAGCGGAACGGGCACGCCACGGCCCUCGGCACCCUUCCGGAAAGCCAUGCGGGGCCCAGCAGGAGGCUGUGCUAUCCGCCCGGCUUUUGGGGAGUUGUUGGUGUCUGUGAGGGAAAGCAGUGGAUGA